CAGGCGUACAAGGAGGCGCGCAACUUCAUAAUCAACAAAUACCGGGAGGACACCGGCCGGCGGCUGAGCUUCCUGGAGGUGCGCGCUGAGCUGACAGGGGACGCGGGGGGACUGCAGCGAAUCUACUCUUUCCUGGACCACUGGGGGCUCAUCAACUACCAGGCCGAC